CAUCCCCCUCUGACCGCCCACACGGCUCCGGGGGGGAGAAAGUGCUGCUUUGUCAAUGAAGGACCCAGCGCAGGGAGCGGCGGAGGGCAGAAAACAAACUUUCCACAUUUUAUUCCCGACGACCGUGGCGGAAAAUCCACUCCACUGCCACAUUUCGACAUCACAGCAAGGGACACCUGGCCGACGGUGAUCGAGGAAAUCCAAAGUUGACCCACUUGUCCAGUCUUUUAGUCAUUGGGAGAAGCCGUGAAUCAUGGCAGGCAGUCCGGCCCUCAGCAUCGACGUGACCUUUGUGGUCUGUCUGUCUACACUGCUGGUUUUAGUCAGCGGUGACCCCUGCCUCAUCAUCAGCGAGGUCAACGCGGACAACCCGAAACUGGACACCACUGAGUUUGUAGAGUUGUAUCACACCAGUGGACAACGGGCUUCACUAGACGGCUAUACCCUUGUGUUUUAUAAUGGAAAUGGAAACAUAGCCUACAAGGUGCUGGACCUGAAGGGCUACAGCACCAACGACCAAGGCUUCUUUCUGGUGGGCUCCAUGGAUCUGUUGCCCAAACCGGCCAUCCUCCUCCCACCCAACACCGUCCAGAACGGCCCGGACGCCAUCGCCCUCUACCACACAUCUGCUGCACGUUAUGGGGAGAAGAUGAACGCCACAGCCAUCGGACUGGUGGACGCUGUUGUGUACAUGACACGGCGGUCUGGGGGCGCUGAGGUCCUCGCUGAAACCCUGACUCCUGGGGAACCGGCCUUUGUCGAGGAUGAGGGUGUCCACGAGGGGGACGAGUCCAUUGAGAGGUGCCUGCUGUCAGAUGAUCGCUGGGGCUUUCAAGUGGCCUUGCCCUCCCCGGGCCAGCGGAACAACUGCACCCCUCCAGCCUCUCCGGCCACUGUCCCGCUGAUCAGCGAGCUGAGGCUGGGAGGGGGGCAGGUGGAUGGGUUUGUGGAGCUGACAGAGGCUCCUAGUGCGGGCCCUCUGGUGCUGGUGGUGGUGGAUGGGAAAACAGACAGGGUCAGUGUGAGUGUGGAUGUGGACACCUCCAGGACUGGUAUGAUCUCCAUCACCAUCGAGAAGAACUACAUGAAAGGAGACGAGUCUGGAGCUGUGGCAGUGUACAGCGGUAGAGCUGCAGACUUCCCAGUGGGCAGUCCCCUGAGUCAGACGCAGCCUCUAGAUGCGUUUGUGUUUGCCGGGCCAGGGAAUAAACCCAGUGCCAACCUCACAGAGACACUCAUCCCAGGCAGACAGCCCUACCAGCUCAGCGCCAGUUUGAAAGAGGGAGGCUUCUAUCUCAGUCGCUGUGGUGUGGCCACCUGGGCCAGAGAUCCUGGUGUCUUCUGGGAGGCACCACAAACUCCAGGGCAACCCAACCAGUGCCCUUGGCCCAAGAUUUGCCCUUACAGUAUUGUGAAUCCAGGAGGUACAGAUGCGCCGCCUCACCUCCCGCCCUGGGGUCGCAGCGACUUCUUGAUCAAUGAGCUGAACACCGACACACCUGGCGCGGCUGAGGACGGUGAGUACAUUGAGCUGUGGCACCCGUCAGGCCGCCGUGUCUCCUUGCAGGGUGUCUGGCUGCUGCUGUUCAGUGGCCACAACAACAAACCCUACCGUGAGAUCAGCCUCAGUGGACACUUCACCACCUCUAAGGGCUACUUCCUGCUGGGCAGUGACAGGUUGGUUCCCGCCCCGUCACUCCGGCUGCCCCCCAACACCAUCCAAAAUGGACCAGAUGCAGUGGCGCUCUACCGCAGCCCAUUUGGGGCACCCACAGCUCUACAGACGGGGAUCCCCACCCGUGGCCUGCUCGAUGCCGUGGUGUACCGGCAGAGAGGCUCAGAUAAAGAGGCUCAGGAGCUGAGUGACGCCCUGACGCCGGGACAGCUGCCCCUGCUGGAGGAUCCAGACGCUCUGCCAGGCGACGAGGCCCUUAGCCGCUGUGGAGGCCUGUACCCUGCUGACCUGUCUGCUUUUGCUGUGGCUCCGCCCACACCGCUAAGGGAGAACACCUGCCCUCGUCCAGCUCCAGCUCCUGCGGGUGUUGUCAUCAGUGAGGUGGCUAGUGGCCACUGGACCAAUCACAGCCAGCAGUUGGCCUUUGUGGAGGUGGUAGGACCGCCCAUGACAGCCCUGCGGGGCCUGGUGCUGACUGUGUUCGACCAGGAGCGCAGUGGGACCACCAUUGCCCUCCCGCUGACUGGAUCCACUGACCAGAACGGCUUCUACAUCAUUGGAAAUGUUACUGGCGCAGAUCAGGCUUUCCCCGAGGGCUCCACAGUUCCAGUGCGGGGAGCAGUCGCCCUGUGCUAUGACUUAUUCAGUGUGUGCAGAGCUGGCACAAGCCUGACUAACUCGAGUCUCAGAGAUACACUUGUAUUCAGUGAGAACCAGCGGCUGCUCUCCUCUCUCUCCGCCACUAGGGGGACACAAGUGAUUCCUGCUCUCAGGUCAGUGGAGGACGGUCCUGUUUCCCUGAGCCGCUGUUCAUGCUGUGAAGUGAGAAGCCCCUCUUCCUGGACGAGCUCCUCUCCCACGCCUCACAGCACCAACCUCUGCCCGAGCUCCGCCUUCUCAAGCCACAUUGACCUGUGCCUGGGACCUCUGUCCAGUGAUUGGCAGGAGCACUCAGGAAAUUGCAGCGGUCUGAUCCAGGGCAGGAGGGUCAUGGAGGUGGCAGACUACCUGGAACAGAGGUGUCACUGUGGCAUCUCUGCCUUGUACCUGCAGGGGGCCAACUUUUCCUGUGUGUCCGGGUGGCUGCGAGUGUGGGGGAACAUCCAGGCGCUGUCUGACCAUCAGAGGGCCCUCAUCCUCCAGACAUCCCACAUGCAUCCGUCCCCUGUCCAGGGAGACAUCUGCUCUGCUGCCACCACCGACCGGCACAUCAGCACAGUGUCUGCCUUGGGUUUGCAGAUCGGGCUGGUAGCAGGUGUGCUCCUGCUGCUGGGACUGGCAGCUGCUGCUUUUACAUAUUUUUAUAAGAAAAGGCGUCCUCUGGAUUAUUACUCGAUGGAACUAAGUGAACAUGCAGAGGGACUCUCAGAUCUAUAAUCCAGGCCUUGAGUCAGCGUGUUUGUGUCUGUAAGUGCUUGUGUGUGUGGGAGGACUUAAGUAGAGUGUGAGAGACAGGGAUAAUUAUGGUUAAUUUUAAAAUGAGUGUGUGGUUGUUUUAAAUUGAGAGUCCCUACCAGGACUUUGUCUCCGUGGGAUAACACUGUUCGAAGUGAGCUGUCUGCACUAUAAGACGUUUGAUGCUUCAUGGCACCUAGGACACCUCCAACAUCUCAAACGCCGAUUCAGGCAGCGCACAUGGGGAUUGCAGGGAAAAGCGAAAAGUGAGCCCAGGUCAGUGUAUAACCUGUGCCCCUAUGGUGUUGAUUACUUCAAAUGCUACUAAAAGCAGCAGGAAUAUGUAAGGGAUGGUCUUUAAUACUCCAGAAGUAAAGUCUUCAUAGGACUUUUGUUUUGUUUGUUUGUUUUGAAGCAAAAAUAGCAUUUUAUUGACAUCAUGUUUGUGUUACUGUGGUGAAAACUUUUAAAAUCAAAAUGGCGUUACUGUGCUUUCGAUUCAUGCAGGAAUUUCCGUCCAAUUAAGUGAUAUUACCUACAUCAAGCUCUCCAUUGGGAUUGCACUGUCUUUUAACAAUAGCCUAUGUAACCAAGGUACUAUAUGUUUCAGCUUGUGUUUAUUCUUAAGACUAGCUGGCUUCCUGCCUCUUUUUCCUGCUGUUCUGCUCUGUGUAAUAGUGCAAGUCCACUUUAGACUAUAUUCACUGAAAGCGCUCGACUGUCUUUUUAAAUGUGAAUGUGUGUAGAUAACCUGUGAUGAGUGCUUGUAACCACUUUUGUAUGCUUACUAAAGCAAACUGUUUACAUUUUCGUGACUGAACAUUAGAAAGGAAUGUGAGAGACUGCUGUCCAGGACAAACCAGUUUUGUGAUAUGAAAGGCAGAGUGAUUCUCUUCAGAAAAAAGAGAUUGAUCAGUUCAGUGCUAAGAGAAAUCAAUACUAUUAUAUGUUGUUCCACUUGUGUUCUUAGUGGCUCGCAGACCUCUUCUGUGCCUUUACUCGUUUGUUGUUUUGGUCAGCCGAUGCCUCGUGAAUGCACAGCCAUUUCUGAUGCAGCCAUAACUGUAAAUAGAAUGAGCGUGAUGUUGGCUUUCUCAGGGGGGGACCUUUGAUGCAUUUACCACCAGUCUGUUGAAGUGGAGAGCUAAUGGCAGACAUACAGAAACUAGUGACGUUCAAAAUCAGAGCGAAAUGAGACUAAUUUUCCAUUCAUUUAUUUUGACUCCACAUUUUAAUAGUUUUAAAAAAACUGUGUUUGAGUUUAUAAAACCUCAAUUAAGCUGAAAUGAAGUGCCAUAAAAGAAGUUAAUAUGCAACGAUAUGCUUCACUUUUAUUAAUAGUGCUCCCUUAUAUUGUACUGUACGUCACAUCGGCUAAGCUAGACAGAAUUUCAUUUGCUUCUGUUUUUUAUUACUUAGGCAAGGUAAAUUCCUAAUGACAAAUCUUAAUGAUAUUUCUUGAUGUAACAGUCUGUAUAUACCGUGCAAAUUUCUCACAUCUUAAAUGAAAGAUUCCUUUUUCCAUUGAUUUUUGCCACUUUCAAACAAAUGCAAUCAGUGUAUCAAAAUGUAAAACUAUCAGAAAAGUCUUCAAAGGUUUGCCAGCCACUGGACAUGAAGUAAAAUUUUUGUGAAAUGUUUUUAUAAGGUUGUAUUUUUAGCUUUCAAAUUGAGCACAUAAAAUCAUGUCUUACUUAUGAAGUGUUUAUAAUUUUAAUCAACUUUAUUUUGUGGGACACUGGGAUAAUGGUAGAAAGACCGCACAAACCCACACACUUCCAGGCACCAGAGAAGCACCCUUUUCUUAAAGUCAUAAAAACUAGGCCUAUUUAGUCUUUAAUUCGCCAUCACAAAUCUUCCAUAUAUAAAGUGCACAGUGGAGAAGUGUUAUACAAACUUGUGUCUAACAUUAAAAUUACAUUUUCUCAGUGACACCAUGUAACCAGCACAUUUACCUCAAUAAAUAGGAAAUGUCAAUUGGCGUUACUAACAUGGACCACCAACAUCAGUCCUAGGAUGUGCCAAAUAUGUUUUUUUGUUUGUUUGUUUGUUUGUUUUGUUUUGUUUUGUUGUUUUUUGUUUUGUUUGUUUUUUUUAGAGCUUGUCAGUUUUCGGGGAUUAAGUCUGUGUAUAAAGAGUUGAUGGCCAACACAGAGCAGUUGCAUGCAUGUCAGAAACCCUUGGAACAAAAGUUCUUCAUACCUUGGGGAUAUCGCAAUAUAGACAACAGUCCCAGUAUCAAUACUGUUUACUUCCCAGUAUUGGCAAUAUAUUGUAAUGGUUAGAGUUUAAUUUAUCAGCAAAAAAACAUGACAUUCCCAGGGCAUGAAUAUAGACUUUUCUUUCCAUUGUUUUCUUUCCAAACUCUUUCAGUGUUUUCUUUCCAGUUUUUUUCCACAUGUACCAAGUUUGAAAUAAAGUACUUUUACAGAUGUG